CGAAUUCUCACCUCGCCACCUGCUGUUGAUCCAACAGCCCACGACGUCUCCACAUCACCACGGUUGUCAGCCUGGCUGCAAGGUGGUACCUACUCCUGAACUGGAAGCACAUAUACCUGACUAUCCCCGAACUACUCUCUCCCACUAUCCCUGUGUUGGCUUCAAGCUUGCUCACUCGUCAUGGCCGAUGCGCUUGCUUCGCAAUUGAAUAGCACAAAGCUAGGAGAAAGCCAUUCCGAGAAAUGGAGAGAAAAUCUAAAAGUGCCCCCAAAAGACACACGAACUCAAACCGAGGAUGUCACGGCUACGAAAGGUCUAGAGUUCGAGGACUUCUACAUUAAGCGGGAAUUGAUGAUGGGUAUUUUUGAGGCUGGUUUUGAGAAGCCCUCCCCCAUCCAAGAAGAAACUAUACCCGUGGCCCUCACUGGGCGGGAUAUCCUUGCACGCGCGAAAAACGGAACAGGAAAGACUGCUGCCUUUGUUAUCCCGACGUUAGAACGAACGAAUCCCAAAAAUUCCAAAACACAAGCCCUCAUCCUGGUCCCUACAAGAGAACUCGCUCUUCAAACAUCGCAAGUGUGCAAGACCCUUGGGAAACAUCUUGGUAUCAAUGUUAUGGUCACGACUGGUGGCACGGGCCUUCAAGAUGAUAUUAUACGGCUGAAUGAAGCAGUUCACAUCAUCGUUGGCACUCCUGGGAGAAUACUGGAUCUUGCUAGUAAAGGUGUGGCAGACUUGUCAGAUUGUUCGACUUUUGUUAUGGACGAGGCGGACAAGCUUCUCUCACCCGAGUUCACCCCGGUUAUCGAACAGCUUCUGUCGUUCCAUCCCAAGGACCGUCAAGUAAUGCUUUUCAGCGCAACAUUCCCACUGAUCGUCAAAUCUUUCAAGGACAAACAUAUGAGGAAUCCUUACGAGAUCAACCUCAUGGACGAGCUUACACUUCGGGGCAUCACGCAGUAUUAUGCAUUCGUCGAAGAAAAGCAAAAAGUCCACUGUCUGAAUACUCUCUUCUCCAAACUCCAAAUCAAUCAAUCUAUCAUUUUCUGCAACUCUACGAACCGUGUUGAACUACUCGCCAAGAAAAUCACCGAACUGGGGUACUCAUGUUUUUAUUCUCACGCUAAAAUGUUACAGCAUAACCGAAAUCGUGUGUUCCACGACUUCCGUAACGGCGUUUGCCGAAACCUGGUCUGCUCAGACCUGUUGACACGCGGCAUUGAUAUUCAGGCAGUGAAUGUCGUGAUCAACUUUGAUUUCCCCAAAAAUGCCGAAACUUAUCUUCACCGCAUUGGUCGAUCAGGUCGGUUUGGACACUUGGGUUUGGCUAUUAACCUAAUCAACUGGGAGGAUCGAUAUAACCUGUAUAAAAUUGAACAGGAGUUGGGCACUGAAAUCCAGCCAAUCCCCCAAUCCAUCGACAAAAAGCUCUAUGUUUACGACACACCCGACACCAUCCCCCGACCCACUUCUAACGUUGGCCACCAGCAGCAGCAGCAGCAACAGCAUCAGCAUACUUCCGAACCGCCGCAACAUCCUAACAAUCCAGGAAAUCACAAUCGCCGACAUGGCCAGCAUCAAUAUGCUUCCAAUAGGGGCCGUGGAUCUUAUCGUGGCGGUCGUGGCCAAGGACACCGGGGUGGCUAUGGAGAAAAUCAUCGCCAGAACUGCACCGCACCGCGACCAAGCGCAGCCGCAUCUGCACCCGCGUCGUAACUGGACAUUACAAGUUUUUCAGUAUCGGAUUGUCUAAUGAUUGGAGCUAAGCAUCUCUGCUAAAGUUGAUCGAUGUCUUAUCCACCAUUUAUAGCUGUUCGGAUUUCGAAAAUAUACCUUCAUUUCAUUCGUUCCUCGCCUCGGCCAGAUUUUUAUUCCAUGUCAACCACAUAUUAAAAAAUCAUCGUCAUUAUCUUGGUCCUUGUAGUAUUUGCAAAACUUCCACCCAGACUGCCUUAGUUUGUCCUAUGAGGUCAUAUUGCUUGGCAUAAUCGAAAUUCCUGUAUUUGCAUGAACUCCUGGAAUUGCAACGAGUUAUGUAUCAUAUUUUCAUAUUUUCCCUUACUCCCCCACGCCCCCGACCCCUUUAUCCCAUUCCUCAUUUUCGAUCCUUUUCCGUCUUCGAUCUGUCAUAUCCGGUGGACUUCGCUUGGGUUUGACGUUGUUCUUCUUAGAUGGAACAACGCCGUCUCUGCACCACCUGUGAUUAUUAUCCUGCGAUAUAUUCAUUAUGCAGGAGGAACUGCAAAAUCGAUGUUGAGGGUGAACUCUUCGGCUACAUCAGCGCAAAUUGAGAAGGUGUUGACAUCCUCUC